UAGUAUAAAUUGAACAAAUAAGAUAGUACUUUACCAAGUCUAAAGUUUCCAAACCUUAUAAACAUCUAUACAGGUUUGAAAUUCUCUCUUUUUUUUUUAGGUCUAAUCAAAACUAUUUUUACUUAAAGAUUUUAAUUUCUUUAAUGAAAAUGCAUAUGAUUACCAUAAUUACAAAGCUAAUAAUGGAGAAGAUGAAACAAAUUCAAGCACUAAUUUACUCUAUUGAAUUGGAAAUCUUGAGUAAUUGUCUCUUUAGAAUGUUUAUAUGGGGUAACUUAUAUUAGAUUUGUUUGACAAUUCAUAAUAGAGAUAACAAUACGAGUACUACCGAGUAUCUAAAUUUAAAUCCUUUUUUAAAAAUUAAAAUAAAAAAAUUCCUUUCCUUUCCGUUUCAUACUAGAUUCCCCCCUGGACAAGAAUUCCAUACUCCAUCACACCAUGCAAAUCACUAUUUUUGGAAUUCAUUUGAAUAGAGGUUUUAACAUCCAAAUCCAAACAAAUUUACAAUCUUCAACCCCAUUAGAUAUUUUGUUAUUUUUCAUUUUUUCCAAUCCCAAAAAAUUAAAAUUUCAUUAUUUUUUUUUUAACAAUUUUUUUGGUAAAUAAAAAACGCAUGGCAUUGGCAAAAGACACAAAGACCCAACUUUAAUUUCUUGGUCUGCCAUACAACCAAUCCCUCCAUAAAUAUACUCACACCUUCACUUUCCUUUGCUUCCACCAUCUCUCACCAACACCAUUUUUCUCUCUCUCCUCUUUUUUGAGCCCUGAGUUUUCUCCCUCUUUUAAAGCUCCAAUCUUUCGCCGGGAAAUCAACUUUCCGGCGAAUUUCCGGCACAUUUUCUUCAUCCUUACACCCCCACCUCAAAUGGGUUAAUCCCCAUUUUCUCAAAAACACCAAAAAAUCUCAUCUUUUUCACCUCAAAAACCCCAGAAAAACCCACUUAUAAAAAACCCAAAAAACAGAGCAACAAAAAUGAUAAAAUGGAUAGAUUUAUACCAUGUUUUAACAGCAGUAGUUCCACUGUAUGUUGCUAUGAUCUUAGCUUAUGGCUCUGUAAAAUGGUGGAAAAUAUUUUCACCAGAUCAAUGUUCUGGAAUCAACAGAUUUGUUGCUCUUUUUGCUGUUCCUCUUCUUUCAUUCCAUUUCAUCUCAACAAACGACCCUUAUUCCAUGAAUUACAGAUUCAUUGCAGCAGAUACUCUCCAAAAACUCAUCGUUUUGUUCAUCCUCUUCCUCUGGUCUAAGCUCAGUUCAAGAGGCUCCUUAGAAUGGUCAAUCACUCUGUUUUCUCUCUCAACUUUACCCAACACUCUUGUAAUGGGGAUUCCCCUGUUAAAGGGUAUGUAUGGAGAUGAUUCAGGAACAUUAAUGGUGCAAAUUGUGGUAUUACAGUGCAUAAUUUGGUACACAUUAAUGUUGUUCUUGUUUGAAUACAGAGGUGCUAAGCUUCUAAUUUCAGAACAAUUUCCUGAUUCAGCCGGUUCGAUUAUAUCAUUCAAGGUUGAUUCCGACAUCUUAUCCCUUGAUGGGAAGGAGCCCCUCGAAACAGAGGCGGCCAUUGGAGAGGAUGGGAAGAUACAUGUUAAAGUUAGGAAGUCGACUAGUUCAAGAUCCGAAGUGUUUUCUAGACAUUCUCAUGGAUUGAAUUCCAUGACACCAAGACCAUCUAACCUCACAAAUGCUGAAAUAUACUCUUUACAAUCUUCAAGGAAUCAGACUCCAAGAGGGUCUAGUUUCAAUCACACUGAUUUCUACUCCUUUGUGAAUGGAAAGGGUUUGGGUACUGUUAGUCCUAGAACCUCGAAUUAUGGAAAUGCUGCAUUCGACGAGGAAAUUGGUUCCGGGGUCCCUGCAUUUGGAGCUAGAGGAGGUGGUGGUGGUGGGUCGGGUUACCCGGCACCGCCUACGGCUGGGAUAUUUUCUCCUGCAACCGGGCCGAACGCGGUGUCGGGUGCCGGUGGUGUAAAGAAAAAGAGUGGCGGUGGUGGUGCAACCGUUGCGGAUGGUGGUGGUGGUGGGAAAGAUCUUCAUAUGUUUGUAUGGAGUUCAAGUGCUUCACCUGUUUCUGAAGGAGGAUUACAUGUUUUUAGAGGUGGCAAUGGUGGGUAUAAUAAUAAUAAUAAUAAUCAUGAUCAUGGAGCGCUUCCUAAUACUAAAGAUUAUGAUGAUUAUGGAAGAGAUGAGUUUAGCUUUGGUAAUAAAAAUGGCGGGAAUGGACCUGAAGUUGAUGGUCCUACACUGUCGAAGCUGGGUUCGAGUUCAACGACCGAGCUCCGGCCUAAAGCCGCUGCUCAGGGUGAAGCUAAGGCGACUAGCAUGCCUCCGGCUAGUGUGAUGACAAGGCUUAUAUUGAUCAUGGUUUGGAGGAAACUUAUCAGGAACCCCAACACUUAUUCAAGUCUUAUUGGUCUUUGUUGGUCCUUGGUCUGUUUUAGGUGGCAUGUUGAAAUGCCUGCGAUUGUUGCGAGUUCGAUCAAAAUUCUGUCGGAUGCUGGGCUAGGAAUGGCCAUGUUCAGUCUCGGAUUGUUCAUGGCAUUGCAACCGAAGAUAAUAGCUUGUGGGAAUUCAGUGGCUACGUUUGCUGCAGCAGUAAGGUUUAUCACUGGACCGGCUGUCAUGGCAGCUGCGUCCAUUGCAGUUGGGCUUCGAGGAACCCUCUUACACAUCGCCAUAGUGCAGGCUGCUCUACCUCAAGGAAUCGUACCAUUUGUCUUCGCUAAGGAGUACAAUGUCCAUCCCGAUAUCCUCAGCACAGCUGUGAUCUUUGGAAUGCUGAUAGCUCUACCAAUAACACUGGUAUAUUACAUCAUACUGGGGCUAUUCAGAUGAACAGCAGAAGCAGCAAAGCCAGCUAUGAUAUGAUUAAAAAAAGCUGGUGGAACACAGAAGGAUGGCUUAAGGCAGUGCCACUUUACAGUAGUAUUAGUAGUAGAUUCUUAACUUUUGGCAGUUCUUUUUUUUUGGUUAAAUUUUUAGAAGAAGCCUAUUUUGUAAUUUAUUAUCUAACUGGGAGAUCAUAGAAGAAUUUCAAGGUAGAAAAAAGAAGAAAAAAAAGGGUAGAUGAGAAUUAAAGAGAGAAAAAAGAAAGACAAUCUCUGAUGAAAAAUGAAAAAAGCUGACUUUGGGGGAGAAUAUUAAUUUUGGUUUUUGGUGGUAUGUUAACAUGUUUGUUUUUUUCAAUUUUAACCCCUCUUUAAAAUUGGUGCUUUAUUUUUGAUCUUUUUUUGUAAAGAAAAAAGUGAUAAAGCUUUGUCUGUA